CCCAGUUCAGCCACGAGGGGUCGAAGCCUUUCUUAUCCAGCUCCCUCAUCUACCUGCAGCUCGCUCCCUUCCUUCGCUAUAAUUGUCGCUAGUUUUCGUCGCUAUGUUAUGAGAGCCGGGCGUGUUGCACCAUGGUGUACCUCUCGAAACGCCGUUUCGACGUCGUCAACCAGAAGCAGAUCAUUCUGCUUGUGAUACCACCCAUCUUUCUCGCUUUGGCAGCAGUUGUGGUAGCAGCACGAUGGCAUGCGAGGCAGUCGAAGCGGAUUAAUACCCUGGUGGAGGAUCUCUUGUGUUUGGCGGGCCUUAUCAUGAGCGUUCUCGUUGUCGCUAUUAUCGUCGUUCUUGUCCUCGUCGACGGCCAGGGGAUGUCUUCCGACUACGUGGAGGAGAAGUUCAACCACAUUGGGCUGAGAUACUGGUUGAGGACACAAUUUGCGGUCGACAUCUGCUGGGCUACCUCCGUUACCGCCGUCCAACUCUCGCUGCUUCAAUUCUAUACCCGCAUUUACGACUCUCGUCAAUUCGCUCGGUCCGCGUGCUUCGUUAUGAUGGUACUUGUGGCGGCUUGGUACGUCUACGCUGUGGUCGCGUGGGCCAUACAUUGCCAUCCUCCGGGUUCGUGCACCUUGACGAACAAAAAUAAUUGCAUUGUUAUCGGGUCUCUCCACGUCGCGUUCAACGCGCUGGUUAUGGGUAUCGCGAUUCCGGCAGUGUACGACAUGCACUUGUCCACACGGAGGAAGGUUUCGACUGCGGGACUGUUCCUGCUCGGGAGUUUCUGCACAAUCUGUGGCAUCCUUCGGAUGGACUGCGUCUUCCCGUUCUUCGCGGACAUCAAAACCGACCCGAUCGGUGCGGCUUGGGGCCGCAUGCUCUUCUCGCCUCUGGAAAUUGCCGUCGGCAUUAUCGCGUGCUCGAUUCCCACUCUGACACCAUUCCACCGCAUUUGGCGAGACGAGCGUCGACAUAUGCCUAAAGAGAGCACAGGCCUCCGAAGGCUGAAGUUCCGAUCGAGCAGUAGCGGAUCCUCAACGUCGAAUUUGAACCCGGCGCACUGGGUGGGAAAGUCAGGGGGACAGGUGAAUGCGUUUGUGUCGCUGGAAGAUGGUGGCAAGUCAAGCGAGAGGGUCAGAGAUCUGGGAACGCAUGACAUAAAGGUCACGAAGGAAUACAACGUGGUACAUAGACUUUGAGCGAGCAAUCGACCUUCCCCUCUCUUUCCGGCCAGGAAUGCAACAUUUCGGAGUCCUAGUCCAGGCCUGUCCAAGCGUGACUUCCGGAUGCACUGACUUACAGUUCACGCUAGAUCUGCCUCGAACGAUCGUUCUCUGAGCAGAUCGAGGGUCCUGAGCGUGGCAGGUGGGUCACGGCACAAUUCAGCCGAUGCCUCUUCAUGUUCGGUAUGCGAAGCGGCCCGCUAACCCUGGGAUCUACACGCGGUCCACGAGCGCCAGAUG